AUGAAAGGCAGUCCGUUAGAUGGCGAUGAUGCUCAGUUGGCGGCGAUGGGGCAUCGGCCCGAACUCCAGCGCAGUUUUUCAACAUGGUCCAUGCUAGGAUUGGCGUUCGCUGUCCUCAACUCAUGGACGGCACUCUCAGCCAGCUUGUCGAUCAGUCUCACAUCCGGUGGAAGCACAAGUGUGAUAUGGGGACUGGUGACUGCGGGAUUCUGCAAUUUAUGCAUCGCAUGCUCGUUGGCUGAGUUCCUCUCGGCAUACCCGACAGCUGGAGGACAAUACCAUUGGGUUGCAGUCGCGUGGCCGAAAUGGGUACCCAUUCUAUCGUGGAUCACAGGCUGGAUCAAUGUGGCAGGCUGGGUUGCCCUUGUCGCUACAAACUCACUUCUUUCCAGUCAGCUCAUUGUUGGGAUUAUCUCCACCCUUCACGAGAGCUAUAAGCCCCAACGCUGGCAUCAAUUCCUAAUUUACAUUGGACUGACAAUUGGUUCGUUCCUUAUGAAUGCUUUCAUGAACUCCAUUUUGCCGGUAAUCUACCGUGGCGCUUUUAUGUGGUCCAUUGGAGGUUUUGUGGUUGUGUCCAUCACUGUCCUCGCAUGCGCCUCUCCCAACUAUAAUUCGGCCUACUUCGUGUUCUGCGACUUUGUCAACCAAACAGGCUGGCCUGAUGGAGUCGCAUGGCUUCUUGGUUUGCUCCAGGGAGGCCUAGGUGUGACAGCUUUUGAUGCAGUGGCGCAUAUGAUUGAAGAGGUACCCAACGCCUCAAUUGAAGGACCUAAAAUCAUGGUGUCCUGCGUGGGAAUCGGUACAGUUACCGGUUCAAUCUUCCUCAUCGUUCUCCUCUUUGUUGCAGGCAACAUGGAACAAGUCACAACCUCGGCAGCUGGUCCUCUGUUGCAGAUUCUACUAGAUGCAACAAAGAGUAACGCGGGCGCCAUCUGCCUUUUAAUGCUGCCACUUGUCUGCUUGGUUUUCGCUAUCAUCAGCGUUAUGACUACCAGUAGCCGGAUGAUUUUUGCUUUCGCGAGAGACGGUGGUCUUCCUGCUUCUCGAUUCUUCGCAACAGUGCACCCCACCCUCAAGUUGCCCCUUAACGCACUCAUGUUGAGCGUUGUUGUGGUUAUCGCGUUCGGAUGUAUCUUCUUGGGGUCUUCAAGUGCCUUCAACGCGAUUAUCUCCGCUUCGGUUGUAGCACUGGACCUAUCGUACGGCAUUCCCAUUGCCAUCAACUGUCUGCAGGGACGUCGAAGACUACCCGAGCGAAAAUGGAGACUGCCAAGUUCAGUUGGAUGGUUUGCCGACAUAGUUUCCUUAUCCUACAUCAGCCUCACCACUGUGUUGUUCGUUUUCCCGCCGUCAAGCACAGUAACAGGGAGCAGUAUGAACUACUGUAUCGCAGCAUUUGCUGUCAUCAUCAUCGUCUCCGUAUUCCAGUGGAUUGUUGACGGAAGGAAGAACUUCACUGGUCCUCGCUUUGAUAUGACCAUCGAUGCCCUGGACGCCAUGCCCACAGAACAAGAGCCCAGCAUACACGAGAAGUAG